AUGGGACGUUCCUGUCAACGUCCGCUUAGAUGUGACCUUCAUUGUCCAUUUGGUUAUCAGACUGGUGUAUUGGGAAUAUGUUUGUGCAUCUGUCACGAUGACCCCCGCCUUUUAAAGGCAUAUGCGCUAAGCGAAUAUUGCAGACAUAACAGCGGCGGUAUAGCUUUUUGUGUAUCACGGACUGCCAUAAAGGCAAGUGAGUGCCCACGUCUUUUCAAUGAUGCUGGUGCUUGUACACAUCAAUGCAAUAAUGACAGUGAAUGUGGCAGUACGUCGAAGUGUUGCAACAACGGAUGUGGUCGAGAAUGUGUCAUUGCACUUAGUUCACAAGUAGUCGUGAAUUCACUUUCAAUUCACCUUUUUCAAACAACAGAAUAUUUUAAUCGAAUAGGAAAAUGUCCAUUAAAAAAUUACGUCAAGAAUCAGAACUGUGUAGUUGAAUGCAUUUACGAUGAGGAAUGCCCUUUAGUUGGAAAGUGUUGUGAUAAUGACUGCGGUCGCGUUUGUGCACCAUCUGAUAAAGCGACAGGCUCUCAGUUACCACACCUAAAUUUUGCAGAUUGCAUACAGCUUACAUCAGCAGUAAGCAGAUUACUCGGGAAAACACUCAUGAAAAAAUAUGUGCCAAAAUGUACAGUUGAUGGAGAAUUCGAGAAUAUACAAUGCGAUCACAGCUAUUGUUGGUGUGUUGAUGAAAAAGGCAUUGAAAUCAUUGGAACCAAAACUUUCAGGAAAAUUGGUUCACCAAAUUGCUUACAAAAGAGAGAUUGUGAAGCUAAAUUAUGUCCAAAAGUGUGUCCUUUUGGCAUUAAAACGGACCAUGAAGGUUGUCCGGUGGAUAAUUGUAACUGCAGAGAUCUUUGCGAAGAAUUGAAAUGUAUAAGUGACAUUGACAUGUGCCAAAUGAUUGACCCUGAUUGUGCUAAACCGCCAUGUCGACCGAUCGGUUUUAAUGGUUUGGGAUUUUGCUGCUCUCUCCUAGAAGCGGUAUUACACAACGGAAGUUGUGUUCAAAUUCUAUCACAGUCCUGCAGAAGUAGUGAAUCUGAAUGCCGUGUUGAUUCAGAUUGUUCAGAGCAAGCAAAAUGUUGUUUCGAUAGAUGUGGCUUGAAAUGUUUACUCGAUAGUACACAUAAUCAUGGCGAAAAAGUGCAGCGAAUCGUGGAAUGUCCACAAGUACAACAGCAUCAUGAUCUGGGAAAGUGUCCAGUAGAGUGUAAGAUUGAUCAGGAUUAUCCAGGUAUUAAAAAAUGUUGCACAUAUAACUGUUCUGCACUUUCCUUAUUUCCUACCAAACUAACAGCAUGUCUUCAUGAAGUUACCACACACGAAAUUUAUGGAUGCGGUCGUGUACCAAAAUGCAACGAUGAAGGAAAUUAUGAACAAAUACAAUGUGAGGACGAUAUUUGUUACUGCGUUGAUACAGUGAAUGGUAUUGAAACUCCAGCAACUCGAACAGCAUUACAUACAGAACCUAUGUUCGAAAAUUUGUGGCUAUGUUUUGAAGUAACACGUGAAGGAUGCCUAUCCUGUGAAUGCCGGAAUCCUUAUAAAAGUGUACCAAACAUUUGCUCAACUGAUCGCUCAUCAGUAAUUCCUCCAGUACUUUGCGAAAGUAAGCGAGACUGUCCAAAUGAUUACUGGUGCAAUAAUAUUGGUAUACAAUCCAAGGGAUUCUGUUGUCCACUACCUUCAAAUCAGGUCCACAGUGAUGCAAAGUGCAAAUCUGUGGAACCGUUCAUUGAACACAACAAAUCAUGUGAUAUUCACUGCAAAACAGAUGAAGAAUGUGAAACAGGUACAAAGUGCUGCUAUGACGGUUGUGGAAUGAAAUGUGUCAAAAUAUCUGGUUGA